AUGUUAUUAUAUGAUGUCGAUGACGAGACGCUCCGGCUGGUCCUCCAAAUGCACUUGGAGGACCUCGAGAGCAUCAGGCAGAGCAACAAGGGCAAAUGCCGCGCGGACGAGGCCACCGAUCUUGAUAUAGCCAUCGAAACCUACAAGUCGGAGAUCGAGGCUCAUGCCCUACUCGCGGCGGACAGGCGCAUGUGCAAGAGUAUUGCCAAAGCAAACCAAACCGACGCCCGCCUCAUCAACAACCUUGCCAGACAGGAAGACCAAGCUGCUCGAGAUAGGGCAGCGGCCGUUCGGCUCAGCAACGGGGGGGAACUCGAUGAAGAUGUGCCUGCAGCUCCUGUCCGGCCGAACAAUGCCAAGAGCAAGGAAGAUGAGAUGUUGCGAAAACUCAAGGCACUCUUCGUCUCUGCCAACGGCGAAGAGGAGGCCCACGAUGAUGAAGAGGACACCUUAAGCCCCCCAGAAUCAUCAUCAUGGGCAGCCUCCAGACUCCAAACCAACCUAACAGCAGCCAAUCCCACCAAGUUAACAUGCGAUAGCUGCACAAACACCUGCCCCUCCACCACAGUCGCCCACCUCCCAUGCAACCACAACUACUGCCGCGACUGCCUCCGAACCCUCUUCCAACUCUCCCUCACAGACGAGUCUCUCUUCCCGCCGCGGUGCUGCAGACAACCCAUCCCCAUCGACGACAACAACAUCAGGGCCUUCCUCCCCUCCCAACUGAUCGGCAGCUUCCGCGCAAAGGAGCUCGAGCUCUUGACGCCCGAUCGGACGUACUGCCACCGGCCGACCUGCUCCCGCUUCAUACCAAAGGAGUUUACGCGGGGGGAUAUCGGCACGUGUCCGGCGUGCCAGCAUGAGACCUGCCUGAUGUGCAAGGGCGCCGGGCACGGCGAGCAGAAUUGCACGCAGGACACGCAGACGCAGGCGCUUCUCGAGGUCGCUGCCGCCAACGGGUGGCAGCGCUGCUUUGGGUGUCGACGGGUCGUGGAGCUCGAUCAUGGAUGUAAUCACAUGAGUGAGUGA